AUGUGUGUCGUAUCGCUCGAUUAUUUCGCCGCCGUCCUCGCCGGACCGCUUGCGGGAUUAAAGUUACGCUUGAGCGCGUCCCUGUUUCCGCCGAGGAACCGAAUGAGGGAGAAAAGCUCGUCGCGCACGAGCCACGUUCGAACGGCACCACGAUCGGCGACAAGACAGCCGAUGUUGUGCGAUGGGACUUCGAAGGGUGAGUCGAGACGACUGAGCGUCGCGAUGGUUCGCUCCUUGACAGGCGAGUGGCCGUACACGGUGCUGUGCUUGCCCCAACCAGUGACGACUUGA